AUCAUAUUAAAUCCUAUACCAGCAACAUCCAUGUAUAACACAAGAUAAACAGAAUAAUUCAUACUGUACACAAGCUUGAGCUUAAUCUAUGAAAAGUUUUCCCAUCAACAAUUAUUAUGUGCAAUUCUAAGUGAAAAACUAAACCUUGUGGAUAUAAAAAAAAUAAAAUUUCCAGCUAUUGCUUAUUGCACUGCAACAUUGAAUAUACAAAUUCAACAAACAUGAGCGACAACGAGGACGAAGUCAAUGAAAAAACUCAUCUAAGACCAAAGCCAAAGGAUCUAAAAUUGACUGAUCGAAUAAUCGUCGACCAUAAACAACAUUAUUAUCAUCGUCUUCACAGAAACCUUGACGCUGGCUCGUCAGACAUUUCAUACCGUGACAUAAAAAGAGAGAUUCGUAAUUUGAGAAGCAAUAAUAGAACCAUGGCGGUUGUAGACUCGGAAGAUUUAUCAGACAGCGGGAUAGAAAAAGCUGAUGAUGCAUCAUCAGCACGUACUGAUAUUAUAAUGCCGAAUUCUCCACGUGUGCCACCCGAGGGCGCUGAGAUGGAUAUACAAAUAGAUCAACUGCGUCCACACAAUCAACAACAAUAUUGUAAUAUGCAACAACAACAACAGCCGUUGUCAAUUAAUAUUCUUCCCGAUAAUAAGUGCCAAACAUCCCAAAGUGCAUCAAAUAGCACAAAUAAUGUCAGUUUUAUUGACAUUAACAUCGAGGAUUCGAGUCGAAGUAACAUAUUAAGUCCGCAACGUACCACUCAUGAGUCAUCAAAUCAAUCAAUUAAUCAGUAUCCCACUUCAUCACAGCACGACCAUUAUCAGACAUUCAUGCCAUUCUCAAACCACACAUAUGCAGCUUUUAAAAAAGGGAAUGUCGUUCGUGGUAUUUUAUGUCCGUCCUUAACAAACUCAUUUCGUGCUGCAUCAUUGGAACGAAGCUAUUUGACAUAUUCGCAUCGACAGAGACAAAAAUCAUUAAUUAUUGUGAAUGCUGUAGAUUUAGUUCUAAAAUUUGUUCUCGCUGCUGUGUGGAUUUUUCAGCAACAAAAUCAAAGCAUUCCAAUAAAUGCAACUGUUUGGUCAGUUUGUUGUAUUCUUGCCAAUUUGGGUAUUUGUUUAUUGGGCUUAUGGAGAUGUUUUGCGAACAAUUAUUUACAUUGGGCUGCUGUCUGUACAUGGCUGUUGUUGAAUCUGCAAGGAUUCGUUGGCGAAGGCAUUGGCUUUGCAGAACGUGAAUAUUUGGUUUGGUAUGUUUUGUUCAUUCUCUUCGUGCCAUACGCAAUGCUUCCUUUGCCGCUUAAAUGGUGCAUGAUUGGAGGAACAUUAACAGCAAUAACUCAUAUCAUCAUCACGACCAUCGCCAAACUUCAAGCUACAAAAGAAGAUAAUCCAAAUAUAGACUCAACAUGCGUUGUAAAGCAAAUGGCUGCAAAUUCAUUGUUGUACGUUGCUAUCAAUUUUGCUGGAAUGUACACAAAGUAUUUGACAGAUCGGGGCCAACGAUUGGCAUUUAUUGAAACACACAAGGCGAUGGAGCAUAAAAAGGAAUCAGAAAAGGAAUACCAAAAAACACAGCGACUGCUCGAUUCAAUUCUACCAUCAUUUGUUAAUGCUGACAUUCGUAAAGAAAUGUUUAAGAAUCCACAUCAUUCACAAUAUGAAAGUGAUACGCAGUUCAAGAAACUCUACAUUUACCAUAUGGAUAAUGUGAGUAUCCUCUUUGCUGACAUUAAAGGGUUCACGCAACUUGCCAGCACAACGUCAGCUCAACAGCUCGUGAAAAUUUUGAAUGAUUUAUUUGCGAGAUUUGAUAAAAUUGCUGAGGACAACCAUUGUCUCCGCAUCAAGCUCUUAGGUGAUUGUUAUUAUUGCAUUUCAAUGUUUGAUCAGCAAAGCUGGAAAUCUCGACCAGAUCAUGCCGUGUGCAGUGUUGAAGCAGGUCUUCACAUGAUAAAGGCAAUAAAAGACGUCCGUAAUAGCACAAAUGUACAAGACUUAGACAUGCGAAUUGGAAUUCAUAGUGGAAGUGUUAUGUGUGGUGUUUUGGGUGAUAAAAAGUGGCAUUUUGAUGUCUGGUCGAAUGAUGUGAUAAUAGCAAAUCACAUGGAAAGUGGUGGCAUUCCAGGCCGUGUUCAUAUAAGUGAGGCAACACUUAAAUGCUUAAAUGGUGCUUACGAUGUCGAGCCAGGUGAUGGAGAAUCACGCGAUAAUCAUUUAAAAAUGAUGAACAUAAAGACUUAUAUAAUCACAAGGACUGAACCGCUACGUACAAGAAAGAAUCGUCCAAUAUUGAAUGAUGAACAGCCACAAAAGUUUAUUGAUCCAAAAUAUGUACAAAAUAAUUGUGUUAAUAAUAAUCACAGCCAUAAUAAUAAUAAUAACCAUCAUCAUAAUAAUAAUGGAAGUCACUUAUUGAAGCGUCUAUCGAAAGCAACAAUACAUGAUGACGAGCCAACGACAGAUUGGACGCCGGAAAUUCCAUUUAAAAAUUUAAAGGAAGCAACCAUAACGGCACCAGACUCUAAUGACAAUAGGAAGGGAGCUAAUAAUAAUGGAAAUGGCGGAUGUAAUGAAAUGGACAUGUCAUGCAACUCACUGUCAGCAACAGAGGAGGUUGACGAACUCAUAGAUCAAAGUAUUCAAAUUAAUUCAAAUAAGCAGAUGCGAGACGAAUAUUUAAAUUCAUGGACAUUGAGAUUUAAGGAACCGCUACAGGAGGUCUGCUUUUGUCAACUUCGUGAAGACAUGUUUCGGUCCAAUAUGCUGUGCAUGUUUAUCGUAUGGAUUUUCAUUGUGAUGUGCCAAUUUGUGAUAAUUCCACGCUGUUCAUAUCUUACAAUAACCCUCGUCGUUACUACUUGCAUAAUUUCUGCUGGUUGUGUCCUUGUUAUGGCUGAAGAAUAUCCUGGAUUGCCAAAAUUUUUGCGCAAAAGUUCCGCAACACUCGUUCAUGAUCGCAAUAGACGUACAAUUUUUGUAUGUGGUGCUGUCAUUUUAAUGUCCGCUGCAAGCUCUGUUGGAUUAAUCUCAUGUCAAUUUGAUGGACAAUCAGGAUACACUAGGACUCAACCAAAUUCAGCAUUAGAACUACAAACCACAGAUAUGCCAACAACAUUCAUGUCCACGACGAUAAAUAGUAAUAAAUUUUCAGAGACUCAAGGAUAUUCAUUGCCAUACAACACAACAGCAUUAAUGGAUGACCUUCUACAAGACGAGAGAAAUCAAUCAAUUGAAAAUGAUGUGCUGAUCAAACUUGCAUCUGAUGGACAAGUUCGAAUUGAGCAUAUUGCCGAUGCAGCACCACUUCCAUGCAACGAGCCAGAAUAUGUCGUUUUCUCAUGGGUUUUAUGUCUAAUUGCACUCGCAACAGCACUAAAACUUUAUUAUCUUGUUAAGACAUUUAUGGCAUUAGGUCUCGUUGCAACAUUCUGCAUUCUUAUUUUAAUCAUAUUCCCAGAAAUAUUCUCAACAUAUGAAUAUGAAAUGGUUAAGAUCGGCAUGUCACUAUCAGCACAAAUGGUCAUUUUAUUGUUAGUCUUUCUCACAAUGGUCAUCUAUCAUGCACGUCUGGUUGAAGUGACAGCAAGAUUAGAUUUUAUAUGGAAAGAGCAAGCAGAACGUGAAUUAUCCAAUAUGAAAUCAAAUCGUCAUCUCAAUGAUUUACUUAUAAAGAAUAUUUUACCCGAGCAUGUUGCCUCAUAUUAUUUAUCACAUGAGAUGUCCGAUGAUAUUUAUUCAAAAAGCCAUGACAUGUGCGGUGUGAUGUUUGCCAGUAUUCCUAAUUUUAAGGAUUUCUAUUCAGAGGAUUUAGAGAAUGGCAAGGCUUGUAUUAGAAUUUUAAAUGAGAUUAUUUGUGACUUUGAUGCAUUGCUGGAUGAGGCGAAGUUUGUGACUGUCGAGAAGAUUAAGACGAUUGGGCAAACAUACAUGGCUGCAUCAGGAUUAAAUCCAAAGCAUCGUAUUGAAAUUGGUGGAACAGAUGAGGACAGUGUAUGUGACUUGGUGGAAUUUGCAAUAGCGAUGAGACAGAAAUUACAAGAAGUCAACAAGGACGCAUUCAAUACAUUCCAAUUGCGUGUUGGAAUUUCAUCCGGUCCUGUUGUUAGUGGAGUAAUUGGAGCGAGAAAACCAAUUUUUGAUAUCUGGGGUAAUUCAGUAAAUGUCGCAUCGCGGAUGGAUUCGACUGGUGAAAAUUGGAAGAUACAAGUACCUGAGCAAACUGCAACAUUGCUAAGCGAUAAAGGAUAUACAUGCGUACCACGUGGUGAGAUUAAUGUUAAGGGAAAAGGUAUCAUGUUCACAUACUGGGUAUUGGGUAAGAAUGAGUCUGUAAGUCGUCUCACAUCACCAACAAUAUGUCCUGCUGGAAUUCCAAUGGCUGUUACUCCAACCCCAAGUUCAUUACAGAGGCAAACAUCUAAUCACAGCUCAUUGGCAGCUGUCGUCUUUGGCAUCAUGCAAGCAACAAAGAGAAACACGCCGUCGACUCCCACCGACUUGCCAUCUCCGAAAUUCAAACUCGGACGCCGAGGGAGUACGUUUUCUUCGAUGAGACUUUCUCAGAAAGCAUCCUCUAAUCAUCAAGUAAGGAGAAAUACGACUAGAGUACGCACGAGGAGCUAUAAAGACAAAAAGAGCUUUAGCACAGCCGCAACAUUGACAGCAACAACCAUCACACAAUCAACAUUAUCCGCAAACAUUAGCAACAUUAACAAUAAUAAUAUCAAUGAUAAAACAUUCGGUCCAUCAACAUCCACGACAACAACAGCAAUGAGCAUAUUUAAUGAAUCAAAACUUCUUUAAAAAUUAUAAAACUAUGUAGUAUGAAGAAGGAAUUGCUUUGUUUUUUUUCUGAUCUCGCUAAAUAUAAUUAUAAGCUUAGACUUGUAUAGAACUGUAAUGAUAGUAUGAAUAUCUCUUUUUACUACUUCUAAUACUUCUUUCUAUAACGGAAGGAAUAAAUAAUAAUAAUGAAAAAAAUGAUACAAGAAAAAUUUUGUGUAGAACAAUAAUCAAAUUUUAUGGACAAAUUGAAUUCGAGUUUGUGAUGAAAAUUAUUGGAAUUAAAUUAUUGGCUUUCGGAUUUUUGGGGGUUAGGCUAGUGACAAUCAAUUUUAGAUUUUUUUUAAUGGUUUUUCGGUAUCUCAAGAACAAAGUUUACUUUCUACAAAAAUUAUACGGUCUUCUAGAACCUUAGUGUCAAAGCUAUUAUUCUAAUGUAUUGUGUAGUAAACUAUUGUCUUUGAUAGUAAACUAGUGUCUGGGCUAUUAUACAAGUGUCUUGGGUAGUAUAUUAAUGUCUAGGAUAUUUCACUAGUCCUUUGGAUAGUUGACUAGUUGAAUAGUGUCAAGGCUACUAAUCAAGUGUCUUGGGUUUAAAACUAAUGUCUAAGCUUCUAUAAGUAUCUUGAGUAGAAGACUAGUGUCUGGGCUAAUAAACUAAUGUCUAGGCUAUUAAACUAGUGUCUUGGAUAAUAGACUAGUGUCUUGGAUAGUAGACUAGUGUGUGGCUAUUAUGCAAGUGUCUUGGGGAGUAAACUAGUGUCUAAGCUAUUUACAAGUGUCUUGGUUAAUAGAAUAGUGUCUAGGAUAUUUUACAAGUAUCUUGAAUAGAAGACUGUCCAGGCUAUUAUUCUGGUGUCUAAGAUAUUACAUCAAGUACAUGCAGUGUAUAUCUAGUGAACACUAUAACUUAAAAAUGCUUGUGCUUAAGAAUAAAGCAAUAGUGUUGGGUCAUGAAAUAUUCAUAUGCUGCUAAGUAUAAACACAGCUGAGCCCCCUUCUUUAAUUCCCUCCACAGUAAAUGGAAACUCAAAGAGAAAUCUUAUAAGCUAUUAAGAUUAUAGUUGGCUAGAUUUGUCGAGAUCCAUCAAUACUUAAUCUUCAACAUCUACCAAAAAAAAUUGGAACUUGAGAAAAUUCCAUCCAUCGUCAUUCAACUCAUCAAACAAUAGUAGCUAAAAUUAGAGACGCCGUCAAAACAAAUGUCUAUAAUUAUGCUCCAAAUUUCUCAGAAAUGUCACAAGCCUCUUCACAUCUUCUAGCACAAUUAAACUUACUAUGUCGAUGGUUAGUUACUCCAAAAAAAUAUUUUGGUUCCAUAAUUUUCAUCACUUAACAUGUUCAGCUUAUUAUCUCCAAGAACAAUAAAAAAAUUAAUCCAAAGAUGAUGUAAUUCAAUUAAUAUUAAUUUUUGUUACUUUCCAUCACUUCCAAAAAAAAUAUAGUUUUACAAAAAAUUAAAUAUAUUAAAUUGAAUUUUAUUUAUUCAAAUUUUUUUUAAAAAAUUAAAUCAUUAUUGUUGUGCUGAGUAUGAAAAGUGUUUUGAUACCGGAAAAUUACUGCUUUAUUUAUGUACAGUUAUGAAUAUAAGCAUAAUGUGAAAUUGAAAAUUGGUUUUAAUGAAUAAAUAUGCUGAUGAUGUUAUGGUGACGCAUUUACUAUGAAAUAAAAAAAAGUUUCUCUCUCAUUUUUUGUUGUUAUGAUUCUUUUUAUAGAAAAUCUAUGUGUGCACGGCACAUAAUAUGUUCCGGGACCCGGCAUGUAGUACACAAUCUAUACAUCCGGAAGUGUGUCUGAGUUUUUUAUUGUUUACAAUUUCCAGUUCUUUUGUUGUUGGUAAAAAUACUGCUGAUGAUGAUUCUAAGUUCUGUAACGUUCGGAUCUAUUUUUAGUAUGUUGCGUAGUUGCAUGGUGUGGAUGUGGAAGCACUAUGUCUGGAUAUUAGAUGUUGAGUUUUGUGGAGUUUUGAUAAGUUAAAGCAGUGAUGUCCAACCCAUGUGCCGCGGCACUUUAGGGUGAAGUGAAAAAAAUUCGAAAAAUCUGGCUUAUUCCCAAAGUGCAAUGGCACAGAAAAUGUUGUCACCACCAAGGGAGAAGAGUGUUGAACAACCUGUGUGCCUAGGCACACUAGUGUGCCGUGAAAAAAAUUGCGAUAUUCCACGAGCCGUAUGCAGUUUUAGUCAUGUGUUACUAUCAAAGUUUUCCAUGACAUAGAAAAGGUUUGACACCACUGGUUUUGAGAAUUGUUAAUUUUAAAAAUAUUUUUUAAGAUUUUAAUUUAAAUUUUUGAAUCAUUUUGAUUUUUUCCUAAAAGUCAAAUUAAACCUGAGUUUUUGGAGGGUUAUCAGCUCAUUCUAUCUUUUUUCACAAUAUUCUAUGUUGAAGAUAUUUUUAACCACCAGA